AUGAUGAAGAUAAAGACCCCGAAGAAAGGAAGAAUCAAGCGAGACCUAGAAAAACGUGCCCCUAAACUUGUGGAGACUGCUAAGAAGACGUUAAUACUGCACGGCACAAAAACUAGCAGUGUGUUGAAUUCACUACUGACAGAAAUAUAUCAUCUGAAGAAGGAUAAUGCCGUCAAGUAUUCGCGGAGAAAUGACAAUAUUAGACCGUUCGAGAGUGGCGGCGAAACGUCUCUGGAGUUUUUCUCGCUCAAAACGGAUUGCAGUUUGUUUGUGUUUGGUUCUCAUUCAAAGAAGCGGCCAAACAAUCUUGUUAUUGGACGAACCUAUGAUCACCACAUUUAUGAUCUUGUGGAGAUUGGGGUUGAAAAUUUCAAAAGCUUGAACUCUUUCACAUACGAUAAAAAAUUGGCCCCUCAAAUUGGGUCGAAACCCUUUUUUGCUUUCAUAGGAGAAGGUUUUGAGAGUGUCGAAGAGCUGAAGCAUUUAAAAGAAAUUUUACUUGACUUGUUUCACGGAGAGGUUGUGACUAAUUUGAACCUAGCUGGACUGGACCGCGUAUAUGUUUGCACAGCCGUAUCCUCAACCAAAAUAUUCUUUACUCAUUGUGCACUCCGACUUAAAAAGUCUGGCACUGUAGUGCCAAGGAUGGAGUUGGUUGAAGUUGGUCCAUCCAUGGAUAUGGUGGUUCGAAGACAUCGUCUUCCCGAUGACAGCCUGAGAAAAGAAGCAAUGAAGAUAGCCCCUGAAUUAACAAAGAAAAAGGAGAAAAAUGUUACCAAAGAUGCAAUACAAGGGAAAAUUGGGAAGAUAUAUAUUCCAGAUCAAAAGGUUGGAAGUGUGGCACUACCUCACAAAGCAAAGGGGGUGAAGAGGGAGCGACGUGAAGCAAAAAUGAAAGACGAGGUCCACAGGUCUGCAGACAAGAAGCAGAAACAGCAUUCGGAGUGA